AUGCGUGUCUCCUUUAGCAAGAAGUCCCAGAAGUGGGAUGAAAUGAACAUCCUGGCUACCUACCAUCCGGCGGGCAAAGACUAUGGCUUAAUGAAGAUCGACGAGCCCAGUACUCCCUACCACAGGAUGGCAGGUGAUGAUGAAGAUGCAGGGAGCGACACGGAAAUCAGUGAAGCCCCCGCUGCCGACCUCUUGGCUAAAAAGUUGGCGGCUGCUGCAGCAGGCCAGGGGCCAAAGGUCCUGGCCCGUCAGGAGGAAAGCAGCGAGGAAGAGGAGGAUGAGGCCGAACUGACUCCUGAAGAGCUUGAGAAAAAGAGACAAUUUGAAAUGAAGAGGAAAAUGCACUACAACGAAGCUCAAAACAUCAAACUGGCCAGGCAGCUAAUUGCAAAGGAGCUCCACGGUGAGGCGGCAGAGGAUGAAGAAGAUGAAGAAGAUGACGACGACGAUGAAGAGAUGCAGGAUGUGGGGAAAAUGACCCCAGAACUUGUACCUGCUCCUAGUGACCCGCUUGAGAACGUUGCCCACAGCCUGGAAGAGGCCUGCUCGGGACCGUAAAGCCACGAACGUUUGCAUUUCCUGUGUCACGCUCCGGCCAUUUUGGCGCCCGUUCUGUGGGGCAGCCAGCUCCCACUUCUCUCUUGCCAAGACUGUGAGUGACUGCUGAGACUCUUCCGUUAGGCAGCGGAGGCUCUGCUGGGCUGGCCAGGACGGGUGUCUCCGAGACCCAGGCAGGCUGGUCCGCAGAGAGGGACACUGUGCCGGCCUGGGGCUGUGUAGGCGACCUUGGCAGCCGCCGCCCGGCUGUCCACUUCUUUCUAGUUCUGAAAUGGCAAAACGUCCAGUCCCUUGCUUUCUGCUCUUUUCUCUGGCGCUCCUUGUUAGGAGGAAAACGUUCCCAUGCCUCGCAGGAAGGCUUCGGCAUUCACGUGUCAGACCCUUAAGGCUUGGAUGAGCCCCCGCCCCGCUGUCUUCUUAAGGGCACCCCCCCCAUCCCACCCCGCAGAUCUUACUUUAGGCGGCCGGUGUGCCACGGCAGAUCUGAGUGGCCAUGAGUCAUCCUCGCCAGCUUUACCUGAUUGUUCUGUUGGAUGGCCGUGGCUUUGAAGGGCUGUUCCGUGGCUCGCUCUCCCAUCAGACUCUGUGCCGCCGAGAGAGGCAUCCUUUUGUCUUGCCGCUGGACGCGUUGUUGAGCCGCGCCUGAAAGCGCUUCCUGUCUGGGGUGGCUCAAGGCUCAGCCCUCUCCUGGGCUCCCUUUGGGGGGAAGCCUCGCCAAAGGGCUGCCUGCGCAAAGCCGGGGAGCGGAGGAAGGGCAGAGAAGACCCAGGCCUGGGAUGUUCGCCACAGGAGCCUCUUGGCUGACGAAUAAAGCCAGGGAGGGAACCAGCGGCCCUCGGGUGGGGUGGGGUGGGACAGGGGGACGGGGCGGCUUCGUUCUUCUUUUGUUGCACUGACUGGGAGCAGAAGAAACUCUUGGGUGGCUCCCUGCUCAUUUCUUAAUUUUGGUUUAAAUUUGAUGUAUUGGCACAACUCGCUGUGACUGUGUAGUUCUGUUUUAGGGUGGCUUCACGUCCACCAGAAGUGUGUGUUCAUAAUACAAGGCGUUCUUUCAUAGCUACGUUGCACUUGGGGGCUUUCUUAGCAUAACCUUUGACAUGGUGAGGCAGGGCAGCGAUGUAGAGACUGAACCUUCUUCAUCCAAUGCCAUGGGGCAUUUUUCACCAGUGCAACCUCUUUUUGGAGAAAGGCCAGGGGUGGGUGGCUGAGGACUUGCCAGCGCAGAAGCGCCGCCUGGGUGACGGUUUGGCAGAGUGGCCUCUUUGCUGUGGAAUGGUGGGCUGAGAGUGAAAGCCAAGGCUAUUUUGUUUGGUGAGUGUGUUUCCCCAGAAGCUCUGGCGGAAUGUUUUUGCAAGGGUGGGGUGGGGUGGGGUUUGUCUCAGGGGAGUUUAUGUGCUGGUAAAGUGCAGGAAGGGACCCGGCGCUCAGUUCCAGGGCUCUUGACCCUCUGCUCCUCUGCCUUUUCUCCUGUUAGCUGGCUUAGUUUGGCAACCCUUGGGCUGGGCUGUUGCUGGGGUUCUGUACAAGCCACUGAGAGGAAACGAAGCCAGAGCCAUUCAGGCAGAAUGCGGUCAGAAGUCCUGGGAAUAUGGAGGCUAUGACCUCGGGUGAUAUCUCUACUUUUUGGGGGAAAGAAAGUGCACACGCACGCACGCACGCACGCACACACACACACACACACACACACCAACUUUGGAGUUUGUUGCAAACUCUUGUGAAUACAGCGUGCAUUCUGUUUGACAGCACUUGGGGCCCCUAAAAUGUGCCUAGGUCACCAGCUAUGGAUUUUGGAUUUGGGGGCUGGAUCACAGUUGGCCAGGCUUGCCGGUUCCUCGGUUUAAUAGCUCGAUCGCUUGGGAACCACAAGGCUCCUCAGUGUGGGCGAGACUACGUUGUGAAAGGCACUUGCUUUAAUGUUAUUGGGCUGGGCUGCUUCACAGCUGGUCUUCUUGGUGGUUACAGUCACGAUCAUCACAGGUCUGACGGCAGCGGCUGGCUCAGAGGACUGCCCAUCUGCAAGCCCGUCUUCCUCUCCUAGGCGGGCUGGAGAGCCAGACCUGCUGUUGCAUCAGGGGGGUCAUCCAGCCUAGCCAGACUCGGGUUCCCCCUUGGGCUCAAAGCUAAAAAGCAACUGGUUGGCGGAACACCCCCCCCCUUGCAGGCCUUGAGAGGGGGGGACGGGCGACAGGUCAGAAAGGAUCCUUCUUCCCUGGCUCAAUACGUGAAAGGCGGGGAGGGGCCCUCCAUCCUUCCAUCGCCCGGUCCUGGAAGAGAAGGGCCCCCGCCUGACCCAGCAGGUUCCGGCUCUUCCGCUCCCUGGGUGGACUUUCCUUGGGUGUCUUUUAGAGAAAAAGGCAACCACGGAUGGCCUGAAGGCAAAGCCUAUGGCUGGAUGUGCUGAGGUGCACACACGGGCUGGUCGUGUGUGUGAUUGCCUCUGCUGGGAGGACAUGGUACAAGCAGUGGGGCUUCACUCUGCCAUGGCCUUUGGGGAAUGGUUGCCAAGGGGGAUGGGCGUGCCCCCCCACUUUCUCUCUCCCCCUGUAUUCCACGAGGCAGGGUUGAGGGACUCCCAACUUGCUAGGGCUCAUGGGAGUUGCAGUCCAAUUACAUUGGGAGGGCUGUGUUUCGCACCCCUGCCAUGUGGGCCACUUUCGACCUCUGACCCUCCGUCCCUGUAUUCGGUUACAAGGGCUGAAAUCCUAUGGCUCCGUGUAGGGAACUGCAACUCGAGUAGGCCUAUUGGGAUCAAUGGAACCUAUGGGGAUGUUGACUCACCAAAUCCCCACUGACUCAAGUGGUCCUUCUCUUGUGAAUUGCUACGAUGAGAAACAAGACUUCAGCCAGUACGUUUAGCAGGUGGUCGUACUCAAUUCUGAACCAGCUGGCUGUUUCUUUUCAACUGGCCCUGUUCCCUGCUGGCAUCAAAAUGCCAGUAUCUUUGCCCCACCUCCUGGGUGCAGACAAAGAUGAGGUGAGUUCAUACUGAGAAAGGUGGAAAGGCAGUAGGAAAAGAGGAAGCCCAAAUACGAGAUGGGCUGACUCCCUAAAGGAAGCCGCAAGCUUGAGGUGGUAAGAGCUGAGCAGGGCUGUUGAUGCAGGGCGCGUUGGAGAUGACCACUCGUUCAUAGGGUCACCAUUGAGUGUGUGUGUGUGUGUGUGUGGCUGGCUGCCUGCUUUUCUCCUGGGCUGAGCCCGCAAAAUCCAAAGGAGAAUUCUCGUGUGAUUGUGUGUGAAUCUCCAGCCCCACACAGUUGAGUUUCAUAAAGAACUGGGCAUUGUCACACUAUGUGUGUGCGUGUGCGCGUGCGCAUGUUUCUGCCCUGUUCAGUCACCAUCAGAAAGUAACCGUGAGGCUCUGCAGGAUGUCAGGUCUUCUUACACAAAGCUUGUAUUGGACUGUUUGGUUUUGUCACCUGGAAUAAACGUAUUAAUUUAA